CAGCCCUCACAACAUCAUCAGCUACAGACGUCCACGGCUUUAACCGUCCCAUUCCUUUCGCCGACACAUCACUGGAGACCAAGCAACCAUCCUCACUGUCCUCAAAUACACUUUCAGACGAGAGACCGACUAGUUUUUUGUUGUUGUCAUUUUAGACACAAAUAGGCGACUUUUCGGCACGGUUCUUUUUCAUGUUGCGUUCCUGCCUGUGCUGGAUUUAAGUGCGUCUUUGCGAAGUCCAUCCUUGGCACGCAACGGCUUCCUCAACGCUGUCAUUCGGCCGGACGACACAGCCGGAGACUGCCUGUGGUAUCUCGCACUUACCGGACAGAUUUCAUGCAUAAUAAAAUACGGAUGCUGGAAUCUUUGAAUUGAUCGGAGCAAGUAAAGAAGAAGAAAGAGCAGUUUGAGGAAAGGCAGAAGAAGAGCGAGGGAAGAAAGCGUAACGUUCUUUAGGGAGAGGAGAGAAGAAAAGGACGGGACGAUGGGGAGGAAAAAGAUUCAGAUCACGCGGAUUAUGGAUGAACGCAACAGACAGGUGACAUUUACGAAGAGGAAGUUUGGCCUGAUGAAGAAGGCGUAUGAGCUGAGCGUGCUGUGUGACUGUGAGAUCGCCCUCAUCAUCUUCAACAGUACCAACAAGCUGUUCCAGUACGCCAGCACCGACAUGGACAAGGUGCUGCUCAAGUACACGGAGUACAACGAGCCCCACGAGAGCAGGACCAACUCUGAUAUCGUGGAGACAUUGAGAAAGAAGGGUCUAAACGGCUGUGACAGCCCUGACCCCGACGCAGACGACUCGGUCGGCCACAGCCCCGAGUCUGAGGACAAGUACAGGAAAAUAAAUGAAGACAUUGAUCUGAUGAUCAGCAGACAGAGACUGUGUCAGGGUGUGCCCCCCUCCAACUACGAGAUGCCGGUGUCCAUCCCCGUUAGCAACCAGAACAGUCUCAUCUACAGCCACCCAGGAGGUUCCCUAGGCAACCACAACCUGCUGCCCCUGGCACAGCACAUGCAGAGGACCAGCAUGUCCCCCGGUGUCACACACAGACCUGCCAGUGCAGGUGGCCUCAUGGGUGCUGACCUCACCACUGGUGCGGUUACCAGUGCUGGCAACGGCUACGGGAACCACCACCGUAACUCGCCCGGUCUGCUGGCCUCUCCGGGUAGCAUGAACAAGAGCAUGCAGGCCAAGUCUCCCCCACCCAUGAACCUGGGCAUGAACAACCGCAAGCCAGACCUGCGCGUGCUCAUCCCCCCUGGAGCCAAGAACAACAUGCCCUCCAUGAACCAGAGAAUAAACAACUCCCAGUCAGCACAGUCAUUGGCCACCCCUGUGGUUUCAGUAGCAACGCCCACCCUACCAGGACAAGGCAUGGGCGGUUACCCAUCAGCCAUCUCCACUUCAUACGGUACUGAAUACUCGCUGAGCAGUGCAGACCUAUCCUCCCUGUCCGGCUUUAACAGUGGUAGCUCCCUCCACCUGGGCUCCAUGAGCGGUUGGCAACAACAACACCUCCAGAACAUGCAGCAUUCGGCCCUCAGUCAGCUAGGAAAUUGCAAUAGCAAUCACUUAUGUCAGAGUUCAAAUCUCUCCAUGCCUUCUGCUCAAAGCCUGCACAUCAAGUCCGAACCUGUUUCUCCUCCUAGAGAUCGCACCAGUAGCACACCGUUGUGCUACGGCAUCCAUCAGCAACAUAACCAGUCGUCCCGCCAGGACUCGGGCCACUCCCCUGUCGACAGCCUGAGCAGCUGCAGCAGCUCCCAUGAGGGCAGCGACCGGGACGAGCACAGGAACGAGUUCCACUCUCCACUGGGACUGUCUCGGCCCGCCAUGGACGAGCGCGAGAGUCCCUCGGUCAAACGUGUGCGCCUGUCCGAAGGGUGGGCCACAUGAUAGCCCAGCGUUGGCCGUUGCCCAAGCCCUGCGACGUAAUGAUGCCUCGACACCAUUGCCCUCUGUAUCACCACGCGACACGUCACUCACCUCCAGACCCCAUGCUCUCUCUCUUUUUCUCUCUCUCUCUGUUUCAUUGGAGGAAGGGGGGCACGCUUUUCUAAAUUGAACUGUAAUGUUUUCUUUUUGCGGAGUAUGUGUGCUAUACAUAUUGAAGUUCUAUAAAGCAGUGGGGAUGGGACUGGUGAUCCAAGAAAAAAUUGGUGUUGGUUGGGGUUAGGGAUAUUUUUGGUGGGGAGCUAUGCAUUAUUUGUGCCGUGUGAGAAAAAAAUGAUGCAUAUAUAUUUACACGUGUGUGUAUGUGUAAAUAUAUGCAUAUCAACAAAUAAACAACAAAAAAGUCAGGUACUCUGUUUUGUAAAAGUACUUACAACUUGCCUCCGUGAUAAUCAGUGACUAGAGGAAAAUUGAGAGCAUAUGUUGCUGAGCGAACAGCCUAGCACUUGAGUUGGUCAACAUUGGUCAAGUUGGUCAACAUGUGUACAGAGUCAAUUGCAUUGCUACCUUUCUCCGUAGUUCUCCCUUGCAAAAUGUAUGUUACGAUAGAUGAUGUCAUGUUGCAGGUUCAACGUAUUUAUGUAAAUAGAGGGGGCAGGGGCAAAGGGGAGGGGUCAAACGUGGCUAUACAUUACAGAUGAUUCAUAUACAAAAUGAAAGCUAAUAUGCAACAUUUGAAGGAUUGUACAGGUAUACCCCGCAGGCCCAUUGGUAGAUGUGAGGAACCAAGAUGAGAGAACCCAUGCUAAACAUAAAGCUCCUCAUCAAACGAGGAGCACAUUGAUAGGACCAUCCUUUUACCCAAGAGCCAUGUUAGUUGAAUCAAGAAACCCUGGGUCUUGUAUGAAAUAUUCAGUAAAAAAAAAACUGUUGUACGAUAGACUUGCUUAUAUUUUCAUAUGAAAGGAAUACAAUGCAAAGCAAUUUUGUGGCUUUUUGUAGUUUCUAUAAGCCAGAAUGUGUUUUUUGAUAGCUUUGCUAAUAUAAGACGGAUAGUCCGAUGAGAAAUUAAAAAACCCUAAGCCAUGAAAACAGACUGAGAACCCAUGCUUAGCUGAACUGUUUUCUCUUUCUAGAGGUUUUGUUUUUAAACGUGUUUCUAAUUAUAUAUAAUAAUGAUAAUAUUAAGAAUCUUAAAAAAAAAAAAAAAAAAAAUCUGUGAAAUUAACAUGCUUGUGUAUAGCCUUCUAAUAUAUAAAUAUAUAUAAUAAUGUUUUUUCUUUUCUUUCUUAGUGGAGUUUUCUAUGUGCAAUUGCACAUAUUGUCUGUUUUUUUGUUUUAUUUGAGCCUGGGACAGUGCUGUUCAGAGGCGUAUUUAGUCUAACCUUGAGGACCAGUUGAACAGAGUUGUGUUUGUGAGUAAAUUCAGAAAGAUAGAUCUCUUUGCUGACAAACAACAUAUUUGUGGAAACUGUGUGGGGAUUGGAACUUGGGGUUAAUGUCCAUGCAGGUGACAUGUGUCAUGCCAAAUGAACGUUUUUGACAUCACCCAUGAUGGCCCAUCUGUGCAUGUGUCAUGAUAGUCACAGUUUCUACAACAAUAUCCACCAACAUCCUCUUUGAUGGGACUUUGGCCCAUGUAAUUCUGUAUAUUUUGAACAUUUUAUUUCCUCUUUUCACUGCAAAUCCUUUGCCAAUUAUUACAAUGAGACCCCAAACUUGUGUGCAGGACACCACAUAAGUCCAGAUUACAAUAUUUAUUUGAAAGUUCCAAAUUGUAUUUGUGUCAAAUGAUCAAGCUGUUGAGUAUAUCGGUGGUCUAUUGUUAAUCACAAGGAGUUGUGUCAUAUUUGACCCCACUCAGUACAAUCACCAGCUCAGUGUUCCACAACCUCCUCAGCAGUGUAACAUGAAGCAUUCAAACAAGAUGUUGUAGGAAAAAUGUACAUGCUGGUUUGGGAGAAGUACAACAGUUGAUUUCAGACAAAUAUAUAUAAAUAUAUAUUUAUUUUUUUUUAACAUGAAACUAGUCACAUUUCUCUCUGCCUCUCACUCCUCAGUCUGUUGUCACUCAAGUGUUAUGGUAUUUCUAUGUGCAUAUUUCAUGCGAGUUCACUAUGUUGUUACUGUAUACAGUCUGUGUAGUCAGAAACAGGGGCAGAGCCCCUAACGUGUUUUUUUUCAUUUUUUUUUUUCAAUACAAAUGGUUAAAAAAAAAACAUGAUAUUUCAGGCAGCAUAUGUGUGGAAAACCAAAGCCAGUGGCAUUUCUGUGUUGUAAUAUUAUUCAACUUUAAUUUUCACGUUCAUUUAUGGUUAUUGCAAGCAUUGGAGAAAAAAAACAACAAUAAAAGCAUUUGCUCAAAAUGUAGAA